AUGAGUGAACGGAUUCGCGGAAUGAGAGACCGUCGAGAAAAUGAGCUGAACGGCUUCCUCGAGGAGGAACGGGAACAUUUACGAGUCUACAACGACGAGCAAGGAAACAACUUGAAUGAUGUUUUCCUUCUGUUUCGUGGUUGUCAAGCGGCUGGUGCUAGCGCCUCUCAAAGAGGACAAUGGACAUUCGUUGACGGAGCUACCGGAGGAAACUGCAUUAUCAUGUAUGCACAGAUUGAUCUCACUCUCUCCUACUAUUCGGGAACAGCACAAGAACAGAAAGAUGUCUCUCUUACAAUUCCUGCCGCCUCAACGCCUAGUGGUAACUGCAAUGAUAAAGUGUACAUCAAUGGAGAGGCAAAAGAUUCGCAGCAACUCGUCCUCGAUUUCGAUCACAUGCCCGGCUGGAAAGCGGCAUUUACAUUUACGAAAACGGAAGCGCUCAAUCUCGGCGAUCGACAAUGGAUGCUUUAUCAAGUAAACAUCACAGCAAACUACACGAGCGAUCCACAUUUCGUCAAUCCGUCUGGAGAUUCACACACCUACGUGCAAUACGUUGAUCCAAAGAAUCCACCGGAUCUCGCUGAUACAAUCUAUGCUUCGAAAUCCUACUCACUCAACUGUCCAAGCAAGCAGAAAUUCGCGAUCAACGACGAUAUCAAGAAAGGGCCGCUUGCAUACAUUCAAUUCAGUCUUCUCAAACUACAGGCUUUCAAGAUUUCAAGUGGAUCGAAUUUUGAUCAAAGCGAGACGUGUCCAGCCGAUCAGCACAACACCGACAAAGUGCCAAUCAUUGUUGGCGGUGUGCUCGCUGGACUGACUGUGAUCACUUUGGUUGUUUACUUGGUUUACCGUUCUCGACUACCACCAGAGGUCAUCAACAUGGUCAAUCCUCACUCCCACUAUGAAAACAAGGCGAUCGACGAUGAGGAGAAUGAAGAAGAUGAAGAA